AUGGUCGCCCUUAUCGCAGAGCAGCUCGCCGUCAACGAUGGUCCCUUAAACUCAGAGAAUGCUGCGCUACUGCGCCCGUCCGACCCUUCACUCCCGGUAGAAGAACUGCGCAAGAGAUAUGAUGAAGACGGAUAUCUCUUUCUUAAGCAAAUCCUCCCUCGCGAAGAUGUCCUUGCUGCCCGCGAGUCAUAUUUCUCCUCCCUAGAGUCAACUGGUGUUCUCAAACCUGGCACCAAGCCCGUCGAGGGCGUUUUUGACCCAGCAAAGUCCCACGAGGACUAUCCCGGCAUUGGUGCCGGCCACACUGGUGGUAAUGGAAGGCCCGGUGGAGAUCGUGCAGCGGCCUUUGUCGACCUCGCCUUGGACGCCCAUUAUCAAGAUUGGUAUGCCGAGAAGUUCUGCAAACACCCAGCGCUAUAUGAUUUUGUCUCCAAGUUCACAGACUGGGGCAAGAACACGCUCAGUCUGCGCCGAACGUUGUUGAGGAAUAACAUUCCUGGCUCGAAGCCAAUUGGUGUACACUACGACCAGAUUUUCCUGCGCUAUGGCGAACCGACCAGUGUUACUGCCUGGGUACCGAUGGGAGACAUCAAAUUAAAUGGUGGAGGACUGGUUUAUUUGGAAGAUGGCGACCGAAUCGGAGUCGAGAUGGAGGAAGCAUUCUUCGUCAAGGCUAAGGAGGCUGGGUUGACAGAUGAGGAGGCUCGGUCGGCUUUCAACUCGAAUAUGAUGGCAACGGGCCUCCUGUCAGAGACACCGGCUGAAUUUUCCCGGGCACAUGGCCGGCGAUGGCUGGUCUCGGCCUAUGAGGCUGGUGAUGUUGUCCUGCACAAGCCUCACAUGAUUCAUGCUUCCACAAUCAACCAUGAUCCUGACAAUGUGAUUCGCCUUGCGACGGAUCUUCGUUUCUGCGAUUCUUCAAAGCCAUUUGACAAGGUAUGGUCGCCCAAAUUGUCUUUAUCUUUGAAUGGGACUGACGAGAUAUACUUCCUAACAGAGAUGGACGAAUCACUACCGCUUCAAUGA